AUGCAACAAGACAUAGUGUGUGACACCCCAACAUAUCUAGUUUCUUUCUUUUAUCUCAUACAUUCCAUUUUUCUUGUGCAUUUUCAUUCUCUCCAUCUUUCAUCUUGCUUUGUCUCUUCAUUUUUCUUCUUUCAUCUCUUUUAUUUUUUCAGUUUCUUUUAUUCCUUUUCUUUCUUUUCUUUUUCCAUUCUUUCUUUUGAUUCUUACUUUCAUUCUUCAUUUCUUUGGCUCAAAUUAUAUCCACUCUUUCCUUUCCAGUGUUUUCUCUCACAUUUGCCUUUCUAUUUUUCUUCUUCCCAUUUUCUCUUUCUUUUUCUUUUUUCUCUCUCAUCUUUCUUUCCCUCUCCUCUGAUUUUUCUCUUUUUUUUAUUCCUCCCAUUUUCUUCACCCUUUCCUUUUUUACUGAUCUUCUCUUCCUUCUCCUCUAAUCAUUCUCUUUUUCUUUUUCCUAUUCUUUUUUACAUUUUAAUUUCUAUUUCUUCUUUCAUUGCUUCCUCUCCCAUCUUUCCCUUUUUAUUCUCCCUUUCCUUUUACUCUUUCAUCUUCUUUUCCUUUUCCUCUGAUCUUUAUUUUUUCAUUGCUCUCACUUUCUUUGCCCUUUCCUUUUACUCUCUCAUUUUUUUCCUUCCUUCCCCUCCAAUCUUUACUUUUUUCCUUCCUCAAAUUUUCUUCCCCCUUUUAUUUUUCUUUCCCAUUUUUUCCUUCCUUCUCUUCUGA